UUUUAUUCUGGAUCAUUUCGCACUUUUGUAAUUUUCCAUAACGUCAUGUUGGAAUUGGAACAUAUCCAGCUAAGAAAUAAGAAAUUAUAAAUAUAAAUAUCUUAUUAGUGUGUACUUUGUUACUUUCACGACUUUAUACUGAUUCCAGAUAAGUAUUUAAUAAAACAAAUUAACGGUGCGCAAUUUCGUACGCCCUCCUAUUAAGCGACCAAUCACAGCUCGACUUUGAGAAACUGACAAAACCAUCAACCAAUCAGCGAGGUCAAUACAGAGUAUGGGUGGGAACCCCCGUAACCUCAGGGAAGUGAACUGUGAAACUUGGUGGGGGAGUAGACGAAGUUGUGUUUAUGAAAGCUAAACUUGUGACGGUUUGGUCAUGUUUUGUUUGUCUCACUCAGGCUAAUAUUAGCGAUAAGGUUGUUAACAGACUUUUUAUCAAACCGAUGUUAUUAGGGGCCUCCGAACGGUGAACUAUUGCGACGUUAAAUUUAGCUUCCUGAACUGAAGCUGAACGCUGAGUAACCAGAGGCCAGCAGCCUAUCAGGACACCGAAGGUGACGAACCUACCUCAGGGAAGGGUUGAUAAACAUUAGUGGCUGGGAUAACAUUGUUUGGUUCACGUUCACGGACUUUUGACGAUGUCUCUGCUCGGUCAGAGCCAGCAGUUGUUCCCUACGAGUGUCCGGGUAACGGUGCGUCAGGCUCGGAACCUGCGGGUCAAGGGCAAGAAUGGCACCAACGACGCCUAUGCCAUCAUCCAGGUGGCCAAGGAUAAGUUCUCCACCUCGGUGGCAGAGAAAUGUGUGGCUCCGGUGUGGAAGGAAGAGGCUUCGUUCGACCUGCCGCUCUUCCACCCGGAAAACACUGACCGCUGUACGCUGUACAUCAUCGUGAUGCACCGGGCUCAGGUGGGUCUGGACAAAUUCCUGGGCCAGGCUGUCAUCAACCUGCUGGACCUUUAUGACAACAAGUCCCGCAACAAAACAGAGUGGUUCAAGCUGGUGAAUAAGGAUAAAAAGGAGGACAAGGUGCGAGGGGAGGUCCAGCUAGAUGUCAACUUUAUGAGAAACAACAUGUCAGCGAGCAUGUUUGACCUUUCUAUGCACGACAAGCCGCGCUCUCGCAUCUCCAAGCUGAAGGACAAAGUCAGAGGGAAAAAAAAGGAUGGCUUCUCUGACUCUGCUUCAGCCAUCGUUCCCUCUGUCAGCCAGGUCCUCACGGACAGCGAGGGCGAGCCCGACACUCAGUCGCUCAGCCAGUCUCCGGAAGUUAAGAAGAAAUCUAAACUCAAAACCCUCUUUGCCCCUAAAUCCAACUUGGAGCGUAACAUGUCUCAGUCCAUGUUUACGCUCGGGACUCUCCCUGAGAAGAAUUCAUCCCUCAGCAGCAGCCGCUCUUCUGGCCUCAAUGUUGAUUCUCCUGAAGGAAAAAAGAAAUUUAAAUUACUGGGACACAAGAGAACAGGCAGCUCCGACAGCAAGGUGUCCCUGGGUGGUUUCUCUUUACUGGGCCGCUCAAAACACAGCAACAGCGACCAGAACAACCUGUGUAUCAAUGGCAACCACGUGUACACUGAGGAGGCAGAGAGCAGGAAUGGAUCUACACUCAGUCUGAACACCUCAGAGCAAGGAUCUGCAGAAGAUGUCCGCAAACACGCUCCACUUGGCUUCGCAGAAAGUGUACCUGUUCCUUCCUUUAGACCAGAAUCAACAGGUAAAGCUGUAGUAGAGCAACAGCGCCAUCAAGAGGAGGAGAAAAAAAGAUUGGCUGAAGAGAAGCGCAUCGCAGAGGCAAAGAAGCUGGAGGAAGAGGAGAGAUACAAGGCAGAGGCCAAGAGGCUCCAGGAGGAAGAGCAGCGCAGACAGCAAGAGGAACAGGAGAGGCGAAGGCACUUCAUAGAGAGUGACGCAAGUAGGAAGAAGCAGAAGGAGGCAGAGGAGGAAGGAAGGAUGCUGGAAGAAGCUGAAAACCAGAGGUUCGAGGAAGAACGCCGAAGAGCAGAGGAGCAGAAGCGUCAGGAGGAGGCCUCCAUGAGUGACAGGCUGACUUCUCUGUUUGGGAUGAUCAGAAAGAAGGAGGAGAAAAAGGAUGAAGCACAGCAACAAACAAAAGAGGAGCAGAAACCCUCCCCAGCCCUUCACACCGAGUCUGAACAACUGGGCCAACCCGCCUCCAGUCACUCCACUAACCCGUUUGAGGACAUUCCCAUCAGCUCACACUCUCCACCUGCCAAUAAUCAAGGUCCAUCUGAUCACCUCCAGUCCAGCCGUAACCCUCAACCCCCCACGGCCACCAUGUUCCUCAGCCGCACUCCUAAAGUGUCUGCAGUCAAGCCCAGAUCAGCUCAAGCGUUGGAGUCUCAACCUGCCGCCUCCCAAACCCCCAGUCUGUCCUCAGCCCAGUCUGAGUCCACUCUCUCUAGUGUUCCAUCUGAGGCCCCAGAUACGUUCUCCAACCUACAUUCAUCGUUGGCUCCACCAAACAUCUGCCAAGGCCUGUUGGGUUCUCCUGGCAGCAGCAUUGAGGACUUAUCAGGAUCUCCACCAACCAUGGCAGACCACAAGAAAAGAGCCCUCCUACCUCCUUCUUAUCCUGUAAAUGGAGCACAGAGUCAAGGAGAUCCUGUCAGAGAGAUUCAGAACCCUGCAUAUGUGGAAGAUGAUGGCUCACAGCAGACCAAAAGGACAUCUGUACCACUUCCUGUUUAUGAGUCACUCUUUCCAAAGAGACACGGAGUGCAAGGGCAAAUCCGAUGGGACAACAUAGUGGCUGAGGUCAACCAAAAAUACCGAUUGCGUACACCUGAGCUUAUGGGUCCUGAGAUGAGUGUGGAUGGCCCAGAAGAGCCUAAACCAAGGCCCAGAUCAUCCACACCACAGAAGAAUCCUGCCACGAGGAAAAAGGAGGAGAUCAAGCCUGUGUCGACCAAAAAAGUAGCAGCUCCACUUCCCCCCAAAUCAGUCUCACCGGUCCCACGAUCAUUCAUAGAUUCUAGUCUGAAAAAGAGUCUGAGUACUUCUCCCCGCUCUCUGUCAAGGCCUAAUUCAGCCUCAGUCCCUAAAUCGGACAGCUCCACAGGUGGGACGUUACGAGAUAAAGACAAGAAGACUCCUUCACGUGCAGCCUCACUAAGCCUGGCAUCUGUUAACACAACUCCAGAAGAUCAAAGGAAAGAGCAAGUCGGCGUGAACAAAGAAGCUCCCACAGCUAAACCCAGACAACGACUUAGUGGUGUGGAGCCAACGAGACAGGAGGAAUCCGUCGGGAAGACGGAUGGGCGGCCAUUGUCCAGUUUGAGGGUGGGCAGUGCGGACAAAAAGGACGACUUUGCUCAGCCUGAUCAGAUUCCCAGGGCAGAUCUUCCCAAAGGCUUGUUGGGACAUUUGGAUCCUAACAAAGAAGUGAAGGUUUUUGGUAAAGUACAGACUGAGCAAAAAUCAGAACAAAGAGAACCUGCGGCAGAUGAUCCUGAUGCCAUCUUUAAUCAAGAAGGAACAACUGACAGCAGGAGCAGCAGCGAUUCAGUCAAACUGAGUCAAAACCGAAAAAACGAAGAUGAUUCGAAGCAGCUUAGUCCCACUUUUCAGAGGAGGAAUUCACAAAGAGGGAAGAGGAUCUUUCCAGCCACAAGUCGCUCUGAAAACAAGACUUUCAUGUCUGAAGAAGAUCCUUUGUUUAAAGAGGCCAUAAGCUCAGCUUCAGCUCACCAGGUUUCCUCUACGAGAGAUAUCGCCGACACUUCUGUCACCACGCAGCCUCAGCCUACUGGGAGAACGGAAGCCGGCGCGUUUGCAGGAGAUGAUCCAACCAGAGCCCAACAUUUUUAUGUGUCUUCAUCUUUGGCUCCCCCGGGACCCCUCCCGGUGGUUCUGGAGGAACCGGCGCCUCAGACAGAAAAAGCACUUUUGAGAGCGUGGGUCUCUCCCUCGGAGGUGCAGCCUGUCAGUACUCAGAGUAGUAAUGGAAGUGUUUUACGCAGACCUCACCCUGUGAAGCCCUUGAGCCCAGCAGACAGCCAGCAUGCUGCCACCAGUCCUGCUGUGAAAGACAUAAAGGUUUGGGACACCACUCUGGGAAAGACUAAGGGUGGAGGAUCCGGUCCUUACAGUCAGCUGACACAGGAGGAACUGAUUUCCCUGGUGGUCAAGCAGCAGACGGACCUGUCCAAGAAGGACGGCAAGAUCGCCGAGCUGGAGGAGUACAUCGACAACCUGCUGGUCCGAGUCAUCGAGGAGAAACCGUCCAUCCUGAAUUCCCUCAACAUGGCCAAGCUGGUGUGAAGGUCCGUUUCCUGAAGACCACACUCCCUGUAAAAGGCUCCGCUGGGUGUUACGUAUCUGUUUUUGGUCGUCUGGUUUUACCACAUAAACCUCUUAUAAAUGCACUUUUUCACUUUCAGUGGCAAUAAAGGUCUGAGAGGAGAAGGGAAAUUGUUAAAUAUUUUAACAUUUAAAAAAUUAAAAAUUUUAUGCAAAUGAAUGUAUUUGUUGACACUAGGGUACAAAACAAUGUUUGAAGACAUGUUUUUGGUUUAUAAAUACCUGAUAACAUGUUGUCUUUAAGCUGUUGUCUGUUCAGUCAAAGAUCUUAAACAGCUGUUCACCUGUCCUUUCACACCUUAAGUCUUAUAUUUGAUGUGUUUUUAGGACAGCUUAUUUUCUCUGGUUGUGGUCAUCACAUUGGAAUAGUGUUUGGCCUUUUUAGAGACACGAUUUCUGCAGGGUGCUUUUAUUUCUGUUUAUUUGACAUUCCAUCGCAUUUGCUGCACAUUUAUUUUAUUGUAUUUUAUUUUAUUGUGUUUUGUUUAAACCAUUAAAUAUAUUAAAUUCUAAAAUUGCUACAUUUGAAUAUAUUUAUGAAGGAAAAACUCAAAUUAACCAACAGUAACCCUAACCAGCAUAGUUCGUUAUUGUGGCUGAAUCACAUUAACAAACGUGUUUCCUGAAAUCCCUUUCUGAAUGUGGAACCGUGCCUUUCAGCUCUUGUAGUGAUUUUGUGUUUCUGAGCUUUUCUUUAUUUAACUAAAUGUUCAAUGAAUGUACUGAAACUCUUAAUUUCCCUUCCCUGGGACAAAUCAAGCUUUUCAUUUCAUUUUCAUUUCAGCUUACUCAAGUUAAUUGGACACUACUGCUGAUGUAAAGUUAUUACAGAAGGAACUAUUAUAUUUUAUUUGUAAUAAAGACUCUUAAGUAUUA